UGAUGACAGAAGUAGUAUCAAAUGAGGGAGAUACAGAAAAUGAUGAAAUUGUUUUCGACAAAUUGAAGUAAUUGUCACUUUGGUGUUUAAAGAGUCUCACAAGUUUCUGCUCUGCGAAUUACACACUCAAAUUCCCACUUUUGGAAGACUUAGGUGUGGUUGGAUGCCCCAAUAUGAACACAUUCUCUGGAGGAGUUUUAAGCACACCAAACUUAGACAAAGGAGAGCGGAUUUGGUAUGACUUUGUGGAGUGUUGGGAGGGUGACGUUAAUACUACCAUACAACAUAUUCACAAGAAAGUUGUUGGUCAGAAAUUUCCAGGCAGCUCUUCCAAUAGUGCUUGAACAACAGAAAUGUGUCCUCCUGUCCAAAACACAAAGAAGGGUUAAGUUAUGGAGAGAAUAAUCCCAAAAGACAUAAAAACUGCAGUUUCGGGUUUACCCACAAUUGACUGCCUUGCAAUGCUUGGAUUCCGAUCUCCACCAUUCAGAAUGUAGAGUUGUGUCUCAUGAACAAUAUAUUCAAAAAUCAGAACGAUCGGGCGGCAAACAAACUCCAGAUCACGAUUUGAUGAUACACUGUUCACAGACUCAAAAACUCAUAUUUCUUCUCCGUUUCUGUUUGUUUUUGCCUCACUCUCUGGAUGAUGGCUGGCUAGAAAGGACAGCCACUGGAGGAGAACACUCACUCUCUCACGUUUUUGGCUGCUGGACAAUGAAGAAGAUGAAGAUAAGAUGGAGUUGUUUUGGGCCUAAUUUGUUGGACUACUGACCUCCGAUCUCCAUAUGGGAGAGAAUGAGGUAAGCCCAACCCAACACCAGUUGCUACUGACGUUGUGCACUAGAAGUGCUACUUCCCUUGCUUGCAAAAGUUGAUGUUCCCCCAAAAAGCACGGUGGUAGAAUGACCAAAGCUGGGCUCCUUGAUCUUCGGUUAGUAGGGCCUCUGCCUCUCCUCCUCUCUCGAGGUCUGCUACUGGAACCUUUGGUUUUAAAGCUCUAUUUUUUCUGAGGAAGGAUAAAGGAAAAGGGGUUGAGAAUGGAAGAAACUGCAGGGAAUGCUGUUUUAGAAGUUGGAAAGUGCUUAGCUGCUCCUAUAGGGCGUCCAUUUAUGUACUUGUACAACUACAAAAGCAACUUUAGCGAUCUCGAAAAAGAAAUUGGAAAGCUGAAGGAUGCGAGAGAUGAGGCGAAGGAUAAGGUUGUUGCAGCUGAAAAGAACAUGAAAAAUAUCAAACAGCAGGUUAAAGACUGGCAGAGGGACGUGGAUUCCAUCAUUGAUGAAGCAGACAAGUUGAUUCAAGAGAAAACAAACAGCCGAUGUUUCAACUUGAUCACCUGUUACAAAAAUAGCAGGAAAGCAUCGAGAAAGGUGGAGGCUGUAACUGAAUUCCUGCAGGAAAAAGAAACAUGCAGUGAAGUUUCCCUUCCUACCACUCAUGAAGACAUUCGGCUUAAGAACAAAGAUUACGAGGAAUUUGAAUCAAGACUCUCAACUUUGAAUGGUGUGUUGAACGCUUUAGCAGAUACUAAGGUGGGCAUUAUUGGAGUUUUCGGAAUGGGUGGCAUUGGCAAAACCACGCUGGUCAAAGAAGUUGGUCAGCAAGCCAAGAAAAAACAGCUCUUGGAUGAGGUAUCUGAUAAAGCAGACACUAAAAAGAUUCAAGAUGAACUAGCAAAUCAGUUACUUCUGAAAUUUGAGACGGAGGCAGAUAGAGCAAUAUAUAUUUUUGCCCCUUUGACCAGCAAUCCAACUCCCCCUGCAGGUGAUGUUGUUGAUCAAACAAUUAUCAAGCGGGAUUAUCUGCCGAACGACGUUGGAGCAGAAGAUGAGGCCAAAGACAAACGGAUGAAAGGUUGUGCUGAAGAGGGAGAUUCAAAGAUCACAGAGCAAAACAACAACAACAACAAAAGUAACAGCAAUAACAACAGAGAAACAUCUGGUGAUACUUCUAAAGAGAAUUCAAAAGUUUCUGAGGUUCAAAAACCUGAUUACAUCCAUGUCCGAGCACGCCGCGGUCAAGCCACUGAUAGUCAUAGCUUAGCUGAAAGAGCUAGAAGGGAAAAAAUCAGCGAGAGAAUGAAGUGUUUGCAAGAUUUAGUACCGGGGUGCAACAAGAUCACUGGAAAAGCUUUAAUGCUUGACCAAAUCAUCAACUAUGUUCAAUCUCUUCAACGACAAGUAGAGUUCCUAUCAAAACUAGCUGCUGUCAAUCCCAGGCUUGACUUCAACAGUGACAACUUAUUUGCCAAAGAGGUGUUUCCUGCUUGUCCACCCAAUUUUCCACCGAUUGGAAUGUCGUCAGAUAUGAAUAAUCCUGCUUAUCUUCAGUUUAAUCCUGUUUAUUCUUCUUUUUGGAGUCACAAUAGCCUCAGCUUUCCUUCAUUUUCAAGCCAUAAGUAA